GUAUAGUGUUUGCAUGCAGAAAAGCAUGGUGGGGCAAUUAUUUGCUUUGUGGAUGUAAAGAUUUCUUAGUGGCAUUUUAAUCAAUGGGCAGGAGAGUAUUUACGAGUUAGCAAAGUAGGCUAAGAGGAACAGCUUCUGUCUUUGGCAGGGAUUCUGGAUCCAGCGAUAGGAGGUGGCGGAGAGUUGUCCUAUCCCCAGGUAAAGGGUUCAGCGACGUAAUGAUAAAAGGUUUCUCCUGGUUGUGAACUCGCCACUGGCUCUUUGGCAUGGUUGGAGGUCUAACUGGUAAAUGUGGCCUGCAGGCUACUCACCUUUGCAUCAAUGUUUCUCCAUAAUUUGCCUUGCAAAUGGCAUCAGUUGUCUGUGGUUCCCUGUGUGAUCGUUUUAAAGAGAAAACCAGACGGAAAGUUAGUUACAGGCUGCAGAAAAGCAUCUAUUUUUUUUAAUGGAAUACAUAUAUUUAUAAAUAGGUAUCUCUUUUCCUUUCUGACAAUAAAACAUAAAUGAAAAUGCUUAAAAGAACCCGUAGACAAUCUAAAGAAUGUAUGUUUACGAGGACCCAGUGGUCUUAGGAAACAUACAUUGUUGAAUCAUGUUUGCCUUGAAACUGGCAACCCGUGACGUAUACAGGUACACGCAGGUUGAAAACAAACACUCCUUUAAAAAAGAGCUCAGAUGACUGUAAGUGAGUUCAGAGAGAAGAUCUUAACGAGAAACAAGGAACGGACAUCCUUUAGAAGAAAAGAAGACAAAGAGGAAAAUGACCACCGACAUGGAGGGACAAAGCAAACUGGAGCAGCUUCAGGGCAAUGUGGAGGAGGUCCGGAUCAUCAUGCAGGACAACUACACCAACGUGAAAGAGCGCGAGGAAAAACUCAAGAGACUGGAUGAGAGAGCUGAGGCGCUGCUUGAGAGUAGCAAAAGGUUUCACAAGACAUCGAAGAGAGUGAGAAACAAGAUGGAAAAGGAAAACACAGGUUUGCAAUGUAAGAUCUGGAAGAUAGUUGUGGUCGCCUUAGCAUUGGUUGCUUUGGUCAUCAUCAUCAUCUGCAUCGCUGUUGGGGUUUUACAAUAAGGAUGAAGAGAUCAGAGACACUAGUGAAAAAUGCCAAGAAGCCAAUGACGAAGAAGAAGAAGAAGAACAGUCGUUUAAGUUCCUGAGGAUUUCAAAUGUUUUCAGAUGUUUGCGCAAUAAUACACAUUUUCUUUUUGUUCUAAAUCUAUUGUCUAUACAAUUUCUAAACACUUCCCUUCAUGUCUUUAAAAGAUAGACAGGCAGGCAGACAGGCAGGCAGACAGGCAGACAGGCAGGCAGGCAGACAGACAGACAGACAGGCAGACAGACAGACAGACAGGCAGGCAGGCAGGCAGACAGACAGACAGACAGAAAGGCAGGCAGGCAGGCAGACAGACAGACAGGCAGACAGAAAGACAGACAGACAGAUAGACAGACAGGGCAAAAAAAAAAAAGGAAUGUCUGCCAAAGAGGUGGAAAAAUGUUGAUGAAAAAAAUGUGGAGAAAUCCAAAAUGGCCGAAUACGGUCCUUGUGUUAGCAUCACAUCUGUGCUAAACCUCGCACACGCUAAAUGUUAUCUCCGGGUUUCAGUCGUUACAGAUUUCAGUAUCCAUUGUAUAUUUACGCAUAUUUAGUUCUUCUUCCUGUUUCAUUUUAGUUUCAUGAAACAGGUUUUUUCCCUCUCAUUUUGUCUCAGGGAGUUUUUUUCUUAUAUAUAUGUUCAUAUCUAGUCAAUGGACAAAAGAUUUGUAUGUACAUUUUUUUGAAAAUCCCAUCCCACAUUUUGUCCCUACAGUAUUUACUGUUAUUGUGAACUUCACAUUUCUUGGAAGUUGUUUAUCUAGACAAUGCAUCUGUCAGAGCUCUACAACAAAUCUUCCACAUAGUCUCACACUUCUCACUCAAAAAAACGUUCUGAAAGCAGAAUCUAGAUAGAGUACAUAGAAAACACACUCAUCUAGCAAUUUUUUUUAUAGUUUUAUGAAAUUACAGGGCUGUUCCCAAAAACUCCAGGUUUUUGCUUCAGAAUGUUACUUGUGUCACCUUUUCUGUACAAUUGAUCAUUUUUGUAUAAAUAUAAGAAUAUAACCAUGAACAUCUCUGGUUUUUCAGGGUUGUUUUUUUGUUGGAUUUUAUUAAAAUAUUGUGUAUUUUGCA